CAGGCUCCAAAGCUACAGAGAAACCCUGUCUAGAAAAGCAAAAAAAAAGAAAAAGAAAAGAAAGAAAGUAUAAUAAAGGGAUUCUACCUGUAUUUUUAUUCCUAGAACAGAUACACCUCUAAACAGGUGUACAGCCAAAGGUGGGGUGUAGUUUGGCACGCAGACCCUUUGGGAGCUCCAGCGCGCUCACUCGGUCGUUGGUUAUUUAAAGCACACUCAGUUUGUACUCCUUUUCCCUGAACACCCGCCACAGCAGGUCUAUCACACGUAAACUGCUGUGGGAUAUGCCAUGCCCAGCAGGCGUCCAGCCACUCAGCCAGUGUGCUCCCCUGAAAAAGGUUGUCCUGUUCAACGUGUGUAACUUUGGUGUCCCACAUAUUAAAGCACCCCAAAAUAAAAGUUAAGUUUAAUGUCUGUCCUUUUCUCCUAAUUGUACAAGUACUGUUGAGAAACACAAACUGCAAGUUCGAGUCCGCAUUUUAGGACAGCGAGCUUGGAGAAGUAUUUUUUUGUUGUCUCCUUUGUUGCUAAUUCCUUGUGUCUGGUUCCUUUGGAAUGUCAUUCUUGUUAUCAACAAGACCCCAUACGCGCGCGCGCGCGCGCGCGCACACACACACACACACACACACACACACACACACACACACACACACCCCUCAUAGGAUCUCUGCUUCUAAGGAUCAGGUGAUCUUGCUUGCGGACAUCCCUUGAGGAGGGAGCCUCAGUCACUGUGAACAUAUGAGAUGUCUGUGUCCGUGUUCCGGCACGGAUGAUGUGAUACGCUGUGAUCUGCCAGUGUCUGGGUUCACAUGUAGGCAGUCAGACCAAAGCUGAGAGCCCAGUGUGACCCCUCUUCCUGCUGGUCUGCUUCGAACUUAACCCUUUGUUAGCUUCAAAGGUCUUCUUUUUUUUUUUUUUUUUUUUUUUUUUUGCUCCUGACUUUCUGCGGUUUCUGACACUAGAUAGGGUCAGCAGACAUGAGUCCUGCUGUCUUCCAAGAGAUCUUAGAAUCUCGGCUGGAUAGUACAGACAGGUAUAAAAGAUGGACGCUCUAGAUAAGCAGCAUGGCCUAGAUAUCCACAGAAUGCAAAGGGCACAGUUGUGUUGGAUAUUCAGAAGUCAUAGGAGUUGCAUGUUUGGCAUUGGUGAGAUCUUAGUGGAGAAGCCAGCUGUAGAACCACUUUGAUGGUAUGGCAGGGGAUCAGGGUUUAGGAAUGGGGUGCUCUGUCACUGAAAGUGAACUUAAUCUGGAGCUGUGGUAGUGUGAGCACUCAAUCGGAAGAGGAGGAAGUAGUGUUGGGAGGAAACCUGUCCAGAAGCACAGCGAGCGAGCGAGCGAGCAGGCUAGUGAGACCUGCCUAGGAAGAGAGCCCCGGUGUCGCGGAAGGGAGGCCAGAGUACCAAGAACUGCUGGUGUCUGGUCUCAAGUAAGUCAGUGGCGCGAGAUGGGCCCCGCAGGCCUGAGCUUCUAGCAGAUCCUGAUGGUCCUCUGUGGUCUUCAGCAGGCUGUGGAUAAGUACGUCUGGCUUCUUGACUCCUCCAUGUUUUCCUCCCAUUUUUGUUUCCUCUCACAGUGUGUGCUCAUCUGAUGGCAUAGAUGACUUUCAGGCAGUGGGGAUUUUGCCAAGCAGAACUUCUGAAGGCAUGAGGCCUGUGACCCAAAGCACAGGUGCUGGUAAGCCUGGAAGGCCUCAGGCUGAAACCAGUAAUCCCUGCCUUCUUGUAUACAGUGUUCCCUGCAGUUAGUUCCAGGUCUCCGUGAGCGCGCCAGGAACCAAGCCAGUCCCCAGACACUAGUCUGUUUAGGCAGAAUUUCACGAGUUAAUCAUUCCUUAGGCCUCCCUUGGCCCCUCCAUCCUGGAUCCUUAGGAAUUAGACACUUGGAAGGAUGUCGGGUCAAGGUUCUGGGCACAGGGCAAGGUGCUCCUCUAUUUACCAAGCUCACUGCUAGUGGAGUUUUCGCCAUGUCAUUUCUACCUCCAAAGUGAAGGCUCCAGAGCUUACCAUCAGAACCUGCUUGUCCACAUCUGGUCCAAGCAGGAGUACGAGGAAGUCCGCUUCUACACCCGUGAGCACAAACCCGUCUGUAUGGGAUAGUCCAUUGAGCUCCAGCAUUUAGACCAGCCCAUUACAGACAUUCCUGGAACAGAUUAAGGCUGGGCCAACAUGGCAUCUGUGUUUCGAAGCGAGGAGAUGCGUUUAUCCCAAGUGUUUCUCCAGGUGGAGGCUGCAUAUUGCUGCGUAGCUGAACUGGGAGAGCUUGGCUUGGUUCAGUUCAAAGAUCUAAAUGCAAAUGUGAACAGCUUCCAGAGGAAGUUUGUGAAUGAAGUCCGAAGGUGCGAGUCACUGGAGCGCAUCCUCCGUUUUCUGGAAGAUGAGAUGCAGAACGAGAUUCUAAUCCAGAUGCCUGAGAAGGAGCCAGAAACUCCUCUUCCCCGAGAAAUGAUCGUCCUGGAGAGUACUCUAGAGAAACUGGAAGGGGAGCUGCAGGAAGCCAACCAGAACCAGCAGGCUCUGAAGAAGAGCUUCUUGGAACUGACAGAACUCAAAUACCUCCUAAAGAAAACCCAGGACUUUUUUGAGACAGAAACCAACUUAGCUGAUGAUUUCUUUGUUGAAGACACUUCAGGUCUCUUGGAGUUAAGAGCCAUACCUGCCUUCAUGACUGGGAAGUUGGGGUUCACAGCUGGCGUGAUACACAGGGAGAGGAUGGCUUCCUUCGAGAGGCUUCUGUGGAGAGUUUGCCGGGGAAACGUGUACUUGAAGUUCAGCGAGAUGGACACACUUCUGGAGGAUCCCGUGACGAAAGAAGAAAUUAAAAAGAACAUAUUCAUCAUAUUUUAUCAAGGAGAACAGCUCAGGCUGAAAAUCAAGAAGAUCUGUGACGGGUUUCGCGCCACCAUCUACCCCUGCCCGGAGCCUGCAGCCGAGCGCAAAGAGAUGCUGGCCAGUGUCAACGUGAGGCUGGAAGACUUGAUCACUGUCAUCACCCAAACAGACUCUCACCGACAGCGCCUACUGCAGGAAGCAGCCGCCAACUGGCACUCCUGGGUCAUCAAGGUGCAGAAGAUGAAGGCCGUCUACCACGUCCUGAACAUGUGCAACAUCGACGUCACCCAGCAGUGCAUCAUCGCCGAGAUCUGGUUCCCAGUAGCAGACACCAAGCACAUCAAGAGGGCCCUGGAGCAGGGCAUGGAACUCAGUGGCUCUUCCAUGGUCCCCAUCAUGACAGAAGUGGAGACUAAAACAGACCCUCCCACCUUCAACAGGACCAAUAAGUUUACAGCUGGCUUCCAGAACAUUGUCGAUGCGUAUGGUGUAGGCAGCUACAGAGAGAUCAACCCAGCUCCCUACACGAUCGUCACCUUCCCCUUCCUGUUCGCCGUGAUGUUUGGAGACUGCGGUCACGGGAUGGUGAUGCUGAUGGCGGCCCUGUGGAUGGUCCUGAACGAGAGGCGCCUGCUGGCUCAGAAGAGCACCAAUGAGAUCUGGAACACCUUCUUCAAUGGGCGUUACCUGAUCCUGCUCAUGGGCGUAUUCUCCAUCUACACCGGCUUGAUCUACAAUGACUGCUUCUCCAAAUCUUUUAACAUCUUUGGAUCCUCUUGGAGCGUCCAGCCUAUGUUCAGAAAUGGCACGUGGAAUGCUCAUGUCAUGGAAAAGAGUCAGUAUUUGCAGCUGGACCCGGCCAUCCCAGGAGUGUAUUCUGGAAAUCCCUACCCGUUUGGGAUUGAUCCGAUUUGGAACUUGGCUUCAAACAAACUCACAUUUUUAAACUCCUAUAAGAUGAAGAUGUCAGUCAUCCUGGGAAUCAUUCAGAUGACUUUUGGUGUUAUUCUCAGCCUCUUCAAUCACAUUUACUUCAGAAGAACCCUCAACAUCAUUCUGCAGUUCAUCCCCGAGAUGAUUUUUAUGCUGAGCCUGUUUGGAUACCUGGUUUUCAUGAUCAUUUUCAAGUGGUGCCGGUACGAUGCCCACACAUCCCAGAAGGCUCCCAGCAUCCUCAUCCACUUCAUCAGCAUGUUUUUGUUUGACUACGAUGAUUCCAAUGCACCCCUGUACAGCCAUCAGCAAGAAGUCCAAACUUUCUUUGUCAUUAUAGCGUUGGUCUCUGUGCCGUGGAUGCUCCUGAUUAAGCCAUUUAUUCUCAGAGCCCAACACCAGAAAUCUCAGCUGCAGUCUUUUACCAUCCACGAGGAUGACAUUGAAGGUGGCCACUCAAGCACCUCUGCUCAGAAGAAGACCACAGGCGCCCACGGGACUAAGGAUGGCCACGACGAGGAGUUCAACUUUGGAGACAUCUUUGUCCACCAGGCCAUCCAUACCAUUGAGUACUGCCUAGGCUGUAUCUCCAACACAGCCUCGUACCUUCGGCUCUGGGCCCUCAGCUUGGCCCAUGCAGAGCUGUCCGAGGUGCUCUGGACCAUGGUGAUGAACAUCGGCCUCCGCCUUCGGGGCUGGGGAGGGCUCAUUGGGGUCUUCAUCAUCUUUGCCGUCUUCGCCGUCCUGACGGUCGCCAUCCUCCUCAUCAUGGAGGGGCUCUCGGCCUUUCUGCAUGCCCUCCGGCUGCAUUGGGUGGAGUUCCAGAACAAGUUCUAUGAGGGGGCUGGCUCCAAGUUCUCCCCAUUCUCCUUCAAACACGUCCUGGAAGGGGCCGAGGAGUAGGCUGGUGCCAGCUGAAGGAGUUCACUCUUGUCUCUGGUGUCCGCCCAGGCCAGGUGUCCCAGAAGCAGCCCUGUUGGCUCCCUGAAGUGUGAAGCUGUGUGAGGCAUGGGAUUCGGCAGGAUUUAACCACGUAACCGAGGGGCUGCUUUUUGUUUGGACUUCGUGUGCAGUCAAAUGAUCAAAUACCAAAAUAACUGGGAAACGGGAGGGGGCACUAGACCACUGUCUUGUAAUAGUUUAUUUUUGUUUUACUGUCUGUCUGUUUCGAGACAAGGUCUCAUGAGCUCCAACCGUCCUGGAAAUAGCUACGUAGCCAAGGAUGGCUUUGAACUCCGGCUCCUCCUGCCUCCACUUUGUUGAGACGACAGGCCCGGGCCACCACACCUGGAUCCCCCGCAGUAUUUCAAGGAUUAGAAUCACAAAAAUAAAUGUCUGCUCUGUUCACUGUU